AGGUUUUAAUGCAAGCCAACAGUCGGUAGUAUCGCGCGACACACUCGAUUUUGGGCUGCAGCUUCAGAACUUCUUUGUGGAUUUUAAAUAUGGCCGGUGGUAAGGCAGGUAAAGACUCAGGGAAGACCAAGACGAAGGCUAUUUCGCGCUCGCAGAGAGCAGGACUGCAGUUCCCAGUGGGUCGUAUCCACAGACACCUCAAGACCAGAACCACCAGCCACGGCAGAGUGGGAGCCACUGCAGCGGUGUACAGCGCGGCUAUUCUGGAAUACCUCACGGCCGAGGUAACGCUGAGCCUGCGUGCUACUCAUCCUUCCGGGUGCUGCUGUUUUCUGACUUAUGUUAACUAUUUAUUUCAGGUGCUGGAGUUGGCGGGAAAUGCAUCAAAGGACCUUAAGGUGAAGCGUAUAACCCCCCGCCACUUGCAGCUGGCCAUUAGAGGAGAUGAAGAGCUCGAUUCUCUUAUCAAGGCUACUAUUGCUGGUGGAGGUGUGAUCCCUCACAUCCACAAGUCUCUGAUAGGAAAGAAGGGCCAGCAGAAGACGGUAUAACCUGAAGUGCUCUGGGAGUCAUGCCAUCUCAGGACGGAGUCUGCAUCAAGUGUUUAAAUGUUGUAGCGUAGAACACCUUAAGAGUUAUUUGUAUGGUUGAGCUUGCAUUUACUCACCUGGGGUAUUUUUUUAAAAGUGGCUUCAGAGAAGCUCAUUUUUUGUGUUCUGGCUUUUUUUUCUGGUGCUGCAGUUUUUGUUGAAACUUUCUUUUGUGGAAUUCACAUGUUUAAAGUGGUGUUUUAAUAAAGCUCUUAUUGGGCA